AUGGUUCGUUGGUGGAUAAUCUAUGUGUUUGACAUUGACGUCCGUCUGUUUGGGGACGUUGGUUGUCGUCUGCAUUGGUUCUUCAUAUUCGCCUCUACAGAGCUGUCGUCAUGGUUACUGGUAGCAGUCACGUGUGAACGAAUAAUUAGUACAAUGUGGCCUCACAAGGUGCGUGUGUUGUGCACACGGCGUUCGGCGUUCUACGUCAUUUUAUCACUUGUCGUCACAAUUUAUGGUGGAACAUCGCAUAUUCUUUUUGGGAUGCAUCUUGGGAGCGUGAUGGUGGAAGAACAUGGAUUUAAUAACCACACACAAUUUCCGAAUUCUACCUCUAUAGUUAAAGCAUUUCUAAACAACCAUAGUUACGCCGAUUUCUUUAAUUUUAUAUAUCCUUGGGUGGAUCUAUUAAUGUAUUUUCUCAUUCCAGCAGUCAUUUUGGUCAUUGGUGAUAUCAUCAUCAUUCGUAAAAUAAUUGAAAGCCGGACACUACGAAAACUAAUGUUACAUAUAGAUUCGUCUGCAAGAAAACUCCAUGACAAGAGCGCAUCAGUUACCAUGAUGCUGCUCACAGUGAACGCAGUUUUUGUACUUUGUACAACACCGAUUUCAAUAUUCUUAAUAGGGAUGCCGUACUGGGUUGAUUCUGCUCAAGGUUUUACAUCAGUCCAGGCAAUUGGAUGGGCAAUAGUCAACCUUCUAAUGUAUCUGAACCACGCCAUAAACUUUAUUCUAUAUUUCCUUAGCGGGACCAAAUUCAGACAGAAAGUUAUGGAUAUGUUUUAUAGGAAGAAAAUCCAGCGAGCGCAGAGUUUAUCAUUAAGUCAACGAGAGUCAAACAGUGACGGAUGUUCCCCGCACCUAAUGGCAGCAAGUUUCAGUCAAUGCAGAAAAGAUUCCCAACGUUCGUCAUAUUCGACAAAACGACUGUGCAAUGCCGAACAGUCUUCCUGCAACGACUCUAUUCUCAAGAAGUUUGGACACAAGAUAUACGUGCCUACAGAUACCAUAUCGCUUACAGUUAAUAGUAACACUGGUUCGGCUAGUAUAAACCCCCUUGUAGAUUCCGUUAAACUCUACAAAAGGGCUGAUAGGGCCAAACAGAUCGCAACUGGCAGGUUGAACGUUGCAUUUCAACCGGAUGCUAAAGGUCGGGCUGCCAAAGAACAAGAAGUGACAGUUACUACACAUGUGCAACUAAGAGACAACAACUUCAACAUCGACAACGAAUACGAUUUGAUAAACACAGAAGACAUUGUCACACAUAUUUGA